UAACCCGUGUAAACUUUAUGCACUAGUUACUCAGAUCUGCAAGGAUGAGAGUUCUGGCACAGGUUUUUGCGGUCACCGUGAGUAGCCUCUUAACGGUCAUGCUGGGAGCGAGUGUGGGCUAUGUUACCAUCUUAAUUCCCUCCCUAACUGAUCCAAACGAAGAAAUUCGUAUAAACGAAGUGCAAACGUCAUGGAUAAGUUCAGUUUCUUUAAUAGCAUCGCUUAUUGGAAGCAUUGUAUCUGGGGCUACGGAGUACAUAGGAAGAAGAAGGUCCAUGAUCAUUUUAACUGUACCAAUUUUUCUUUCGUGGGUUACGUACUACUUCUCUUCAGAAUUGUGGCACAUUUACACCGCCUUAGUGCUGCUCGGUCUAGUGAACGGAUUAUUUCAAUCCGCAGUAAUGUCUUAUAUUGCUGAAGUGACAGAGCCUCACCUAAGAGGACUGCUGUGUGGAAUCAAUUCUCUGUGUCUGGUAUCUGGAGUGCUCGUAGAAUUUCUUUUAGGUAGUGAGCUGCACUGGCGAAAAGUAGCAUUGGUGACUUGCGGUCUACCAGCUCUAACACUAUGCCUAUUACAAAUACUGCCGGAAAGUCCCUAUUGGCUUUUGCUUCAUAAUAAAUCGGAAAAUGCGUGUAAAAGCCUUGCUUGGUUGAGGGGAUGUACAACAUCGGAACAGGUCAAGGAAGAGUAUCAAGCAAUUGAAACCAGUUUAAAACCCAAACAACCCGAUAACGAAAUGGAUUCAUCCUUAAGAUGGGGAAGCGUGGGGAAGUACACAAGGAAGAGUUUCUUGUGGCCAUUUGCGAUGAUCUGUUGCUUAUUUAUCUGCUGCAACUUCUCCGGUCCACUUACUUUGCAAGUUUAUGGGGUAGUCAUUGUCUCAAACUUAAAGGUUCCCAUAGGCAAAUUCUAUGCGACCUGUUUACUCGGUUCUGCCGAGGUCUUGGGUACGAUAUCGUGCGCCUUCAUUAUACGUUAUUUAGGAAAACGAAUUGCCGGAUUAUCUUCAAUAUUUGGUGUAUUAAUCUGCAAUGUGGCAUUAGGAGUGUAUGCCUACACGAAUAAUAUUGUUCGCUUAGAAUUCAAUGUGGACGAUUCGUUGGUGUCAAGUACGCGGGAUGCAGGUAAAUGGGUCCCCUUGCUAAUUGUGAUGGUGUUCGCGUUCGUUGGCCACUGCGGUUGCAGAAGCCUGGCGUGGAUUCUACUGGGCGAGGUGUUUUCAAGUGAUACACGGACUGUGGGAUGUGGAGUUGCACCAAGUGCCUAUUAUAUAUCUGGAUUUGCAGCGAAUAAGCUUUAUUUGAGCAUGAUUUCGAGACUAACAUUUGCUGGAGUUUACUGGACGUACGCUUGCGUUUGUUUUGUUGGCUUGCUUCUCAUCUAUUUUGCAGUACCGGAAACUGAAGGGAAGACACUGGAUGAUAUAACGAAACACUUUAGCGGGCAAUCAAAGUUAAAUAACAAGAUUAGAAGACAACAAAACGGUGUUGUUUAGUAUACCUACGGAUUGCUAACUUUAGCUGUAGUCAUUUGAAGUAAUCUCUGCCAACCAUCUACAAAAACACCAAGAAACCGCAAUAAAACAACAGAUAAUAGCAUGAGAUGUAUUUGAUGUAACAUGUUUUUGUGUUAAGAGCUCGAAAGAGCAAUUUCACUCUCAUCUUAGAGCUUUCUUGAAACACAGAGCUUAAUUCAA